AUGUUAAUGUCAGUGUUGGUGCUCCUUCUAUCCGUGACAUGUGUCGUUGAAGCAGGCGAUGGUAUAUCAAUUAAAUUCGAGGAGAGGCAGAGGGCCGAAGUCGCGGCAUUGGACGAUGAGACGCAGGAAAAUGCUAAUGGUAAAGGAGGGAAAAAGAUUGCCCCUGCUAUCAGCAAUGGUAAAGGCGUCAAUGAUACAACGGCCAGCAACGUAAAUGUCUCUAAGCCAAGGGAGACAGAAAAAGUGGAAGAUGGAAAGCAUUAUUUUGUUUUGACUAUACUCAAAGGUCUGAAGUCGCAAGUUCUCGCAUGCUGGCGGACGGUUGCGAAACGUCUUGAGAAGCAAGCUUAUUUAUGA